ACAGUCAGUAUAAUAAUGAUGUGCAACUUCGUGUAAGACAAAGGGGAGCCUUAGAAGUAUGAAGUCGAAAUUAGAGCCAGAGGAGAGACCCAUAUGUAACGCGGUGAACGUGUUCCGCGAAAGAGGGAACUAUUUACAACGCCUGGAACUCUUCGAAAAGUCCACACAAGCGUACAAUGAGGCUCUGCGAUGGAAUGGUUCGGAUGUUCGUUCCUUGCUUGGCCGAAGUUUGGUUCGAGCGAAAUCAACGCAUUACGCCGGUGCCUUGGCUGACGCAGCGCAUGCAGCUGCAUUGGAGCCUCGAAAUUCAAGAGCUUUGCAAAUUCGUGCGCAAACUGAGUAUGAGAAGUGCGCCUUUGAACGCGCUCUGGUGCUCGCACACAGGGGCCAGCGUAUGCGACGGUUCCCGCCAGACUUCGCUGAAUGUGCUCGAUGCGCUGAGGAAACGGUACGGGAAUGUGCUGGGAAGACGGCGAGCGAAGUAUUACAAACAGCUGUGACACUGCUUAAGAACAUGGAGAUAAGACGACAGUCCCUCGAUGAGGAUGCACCUAAUGUCUUGCUUCGGCCCAGGCGUAUGCAACCACAAAAGGAACAACAGGUCCAAGAAAUAUCCCGCGCGGAAAAACAGAGAGCCGAACAAAUCUCCCGUUUAAUGGCUUCGAAAUAUUUGGAGCGAAUGGCACAUGACAAAUAUUUCUUAACUGCCUUAUGUAAGGACGAACGAUUGGUCUCUGCCAAUAAACAAGGAUCUUUAAAGCUGCAAGAACUGGCCCAAAAGGCGCUCGCCGACGUCGAGAAACGACAAGCUGUCUUACGUGAGCGAAGGCCUCUUUACGCUGCUCGAGCACUAGGGGCGGCAGCCCGGGCCCGCUUGUCACGCGCGCGGAAGGAACAAUUGACGCGCACGCAAAAGCAACACGCCACCGACGCACGUCGCCUCAUACAGACAGCUCAAUCCAUUUACGAGGAACGAGAUACCGCCAAGUGUUUGGAACAAGCCGAGUUCGGAAUGGAACAAAUAACAAGGAAACCAGCCAACUUAUUACCGGGAAAAGAUAAAUUCUUGCAAGAGCUUCACGAUAUUGUUGGAAACGCUUUCCUGGACCAGAAACGUGUUCGAGAAAGUAUGAGCGAGGCGGAUCGGGAACGAAGGGCGUUUAUUCUUCUGGGCAUGACGGUGUCUCGUGAGCCGAGUCGCGACUCCGUGCUCCGGGUGCGACCGCCAGCUCCGCCUCGGGACGCUAAAGUUCGCAUUCGUACUUUAGAACGAGCAUUGUUGAUGAGCACACGCGAGUCUGAACGAUGUUACUUGUUGCAUGAACUUGCUCGUCUCAAUGCCGAUACAAAGCAACCGUUAAAAGCAAGAGUUUACGCGACCAAAUGUCAAACCGGUAAGGCACAUUCAGUAGAAUAG